CGAAAACGACCCCAAGCACAACCGCGGGGUGAACGUGCGAGCCAUGGGGGUUGGAUCUGUCCGACGCCACAAGCCGACCAUGGGUGCCACGGUUUCCGUCAUGGCUGAAUUCGACCGCCUCAAGUCCCACGGUGUGGACGGCGAGGCCGUGUGGGGCGCCUGGUUCAAGGGAUGCCAUGCCUCCUCCACGCCCAGUGGAGUCUCACUGCCACAGGCGUCCACACACAUGGAGGAGCCAGUUCUGACCCUGAACGCCCUCCAGCGGCUAGUUACUCCCCAGGAGUACAUGCUGGACUUCCGCCAUAUCGCCACACUUUGGAAGUUGGACAGCAACCACGAUGGCGUGGUGUCCUUUGAGGAGUUGGUGGCCUUCACGGAGUUCAUCAACGAUCACCGGAGUUUGGGCGACGUUGAGCUCUCGCAAAAGCUCAAGGCGCUCUGUGUCUUGGAGAUGGCUGUGGACGUGUGUUCCGAGGGCGGGCAUCACCUUUUCGUGGACUGGGCGAUCAAGCCGAAAAGUUCAAGCCACCAGUGCAAAGAAUACUUGAAAGUGAAGGCCCUGGAAUGCCCCAGCUUGUUGCGCAGGACAUGUCGCCACGUCCGUUUCGAAUGAUGAUGAUACCUGU